AUGGCCUCGAUGAGCACUUCAAUGACUGCCAGGAUACCCUCCGAUGAUCUUGAUGCUUCCCUGGCCAGACUUGAUGCACGAGUGAAAGAUGUCAAUGGUGCAGACAAUCAUGGUAAUGCGGAAGGACCUUUUGGAGUUAUUGAUUUUCGUGCCUCCGAGACUUUUCCGCCUCGCGAGACCAUAUCUGAGCAGGUCGAUCCCGAGAGGCCGGACCCUAGCUUUGGUGAAGUCCUGGACGAUAGUCCUGUAACGGAAGGCCUGCUAAGUAACCCGAACGACUUCCUUGGUUGGGCAGACCUUCUUGCACUUGAUUUCGACAAUGAUGUCUUCUUUUCCGAAGCCCCAUUCCCGUCCGAGUCGCAGAAGUUAAAUUCAGUGAUUGCGAAUGCCGGGUCCUCUCGUCCAAUAGGUGACUUUGAAUACCUACAAGUCCCCAAUGAUGGCCUAGUUGAUCCGACAACACCGUCUCCGCCAGGAUCAAUCGACCUGACAUCCCCCACAAUUCAAAAUCUGCUGAAAUACUUUAGAGACCAAGUUAUUCCCAAGUUUUCUGCCAUUCCAGAAGGCCAUAAAUCUCCUUGGAAGAUCUUGAAUACAACAGCCGCUGUACAGACCUUGGCUGAGAUGACAUAUUUGGGCGGCGUUGGUGUGAAGCACGCGAGUUUGGCAAAUUUGUACGCUGUCCUUGCGAUUUCAGCUCACGUUCUAGGACGUGCACCAGAAGACUCUUUUCAUACCGCAGACUAUUGGCAACAGCUCAGCACGCAAGCAAGCAAUCAAGCAAAAGCACACCUUCAGAUAUCUCUCCAGCAGGAGACACAGGGGAUUGGGAAAUGUAAAUAUAAGGAUCAAUUGAUGAUGAUCAUUGCGAUGGCAGCAUACGCGAUUCUCACAGCCCGACAAGCCGAGGCUCGGUGUUACAUGAUUGAUGCGGAGCGUCUUCUUCGUAUACGGGGUCUUGCAAAACGAAAUAUAUCUCGAAAAGCACGGAUGCUACACCAUGUUUACACAUGGUUGAGAAUUGUUGGUGAGAGCACCUAUGUGCUUCACGAUUAUCAGACGCUGGAAACAUUGGUCGAAAAAGCCCUUCCGCAGGACUCGAGAUCAUCAAAGGAAUCACGCAGUAGUUUUGGGGUUUCGCGCUCGGGCCACAAUGCAAGGCUGGACGACUUUCUGCGGCUUGAUGCAGACCAGGCUGAAGAUGAUACCGAUUUGGAGGAACACAAAGAUCGUGAGACUGGUCUGCUAGACAUUCAUCUCGAGGAUACCCGCGAGGAUUCCGAAUCUUUGUACCUACAGAUAUACGGUGUCUCUGAAACUUGGCUAACACUUGUCUCGCAGACCACUCGACUGGCUAAUAUCAUAGAUACCAUCAGGUUUAGUGGAGUCACGAAGAGUGUGAACAUAAUGCAAUCUUUGGAGAGAAGGAAAGAGCGCCUUGAGAAUAUGGUCUGCUCGUUUGCUGCCAAAUCUCCGAGGCCAUUAAAAUUCCUCGAAUCUGACGAACAGUCACAACGAAAUCAAAUCGAGCAGAGCCCAAUUGGUUGUAUGAUACGGGCCUUGAACGCCUCACUGGUCAUAUUCUUCUAUCGGCGUGUCAGAAAUGUCAAUCCAUGGAUUUUGCAGGUCCACGUUGACGCUGUGAUAGAAUCUCUACAGGAUUUUGAUGCUGCCCUUGCGGCACGAAACCUUACUGGUCCAGGCACUGUCUGGCCCGCUUUCAUAGCUGGUUGUGAGGCUCUCACAGAAGCUCGCAGAGAAAGACUAAAGCAUUGGAUGGAGAAAGGUUUUGCCAUAAGUGGCUUCGCAGCUUUCAAGGUCGCUCAGGAAACGAUGAUGGAUGUUUGGAGCAAACGUGAUAUGGCAGGUAACAAGACUUCUCCCGGCACGUCAAGUGGUAAGGAUUAUCGCACUAGCGUAACGUGGAUGGAUGUUUUAAGAGAGCGGAGCCUUUGGCUUAUGCUUGGGUGA